CCCCCGCCUUGCCACUUCCCGGGCGCCGGACCCUCCUCCAAGGCCUCAGCAUGGACGCCGAGGAGGAGGACCUGUGCCUGCUCACCGCCCUGCUGGAGGAGAGCGAGGCGGCCGCGGUCGGGGGUCCCCACGGCGGCCCGGACACCUUCGACGAGCUCUUCGACGCGGACGGGGAUGGGGAGUCCUACACGGAGGGCGAGGAGGGCGAGGAGGUGGGCACCCUCGAAGACCAGAAGGAGAACGUGGCCGCCCUGUUUGGGGACGUGGGCGACUUAACGGACGAAGAGGAAGGCGCCCCUCCGCAGCCGGACGCUCCUGGUCCCGGGAAAACCCAUCAGGAGCUGCAAGAUGAACUCAGGAAGCUGCAGGAGCAGAUGAAGGCUUUGCAGGCGCAGCUGCAGAUGGCCUCCCUCGCCACGCCUGCGCGCCCACUCCCGCCCGGCGCCCGGGCCCCUCGCCCCCCUCUCAAGGAGAAGAGGCCUCGGAGAAUCCAGGAGUCCGCCUGCUUUUCUGCUGAGCUUGAUGUCCCGGCUCCGCCCAGGGCUAAGCGAGUGGCUCGGACCCCAAAGGUGGACCCCAAAACUCCCACCGAGCCCAAAAGCCCGCCUCUGGCGCCCACCGCGGCACCUGCCCGGCCGCUGCAGAGCACACCUGGGAACGAGCCCGGCCGAGGGGCGCGGGGGCAGCGGACGGAGGCGCCCGGGAGCCCCGGGGCCGCAGCCGAGCCCGUGUCUGUGGAGGCCUUCUCCGGCCUGCGGCUCAGGCGGCCUCGCGUGUCCUCCACGGAAAUGAACAAGAAGAUGGUUGGCCGGAAGCUGGUCCGCCUGUCCCAGCUCCAGGAGAAGCUGGCCAGCGAGAAGCUCGACGAGAUCGACUGGGUGACCUUCGGGGUGAUCCUGAAGAAGGUCACCCCCCAGAGCUGCAACAGCGGGAAAACCUUCAGCAUCUGGCACCUGAACGACCUCCGUGACCUGACACGGCACGUGUCCCUCUUCCUGUUCGGGGACGUGCACAGGCAGCUCUGGAAGACGGCCCAGGGCAGCGUCGUCGGGCUGCUCAAUGCCAACCUCAUGAAGCCCCGGGACGGCUCCGAGGAGGUGUGCCUGAGCAUCGACCAUCCGCAGAAGGUCCUGGUCAUGGGGGAGGCGCUGGACCUGGGCACCUGCCGGGCAAAGAAGAAGAACGGGGAGCCGUGUACCCAGACGGUCAACCUGAGGGACUGCGAGUACUGCCAGUACCACAUCCAGGCCCAGUACAGGCGGUUGAGCGCCAAGCGCCCGGACCUGCAGUCCAGCUUCUCCGGCGGGCGCGUCCCCAAGAAGUUCGCGCGCAGGGGCGCCAGCCUCAAGGAGCGGCUGUGCCAGGACGGCUUCUACUACGGGGGCGUGUCCUCCGCCUCCUACGCGGCCUCCCUAGCCCCCAAGAAGAAGAUCCAGACCACGCUGAGCCACCUGGUGGUGAGGGGCUCGGACCAGGUCCUCCAGGAGACGCAGCGGAAGCUGGGAGUGCCCCAGAAGAGCUUGUCGUGCUCGGAGGAGUUCAAGGAGCUGAUGGACCUGCCCACGUUUGGCGCCCGGAACCUGAAGCAGCAUUUGGCAAAGGCCACGUCAGGGGCCACGGGGCUCCCGAGAUCGGCCGUCCAGUCCAUCUCGGCCUCGGCCCUGCUGAAGCAGCAGAAGCAGCAGAUGUUGGAGAUGAGGAGGAAGAGGGCCGAAGAGGCUCAGAAACGCUCCCUCCAGAGCGCGGGCCGACUGCAGGACCCGGCUGUGCCACCCCCGCCAGGGACGCCGCACGCGGGGCCGCAGCUGCCCCGGCUGGGACGAGGCAUCGCAGAGGGGGACGACGUUCUCUUUUACGACGAGUCGCCGCCGCCCAGACCCCAGCUGGGCGCGUUGGCCGAGGCCAGGAAGCUCGCGGCCAUUACCAAGUUGCGGGCCAAAGGCCAGAUCCUCACCAGAACCAACCCGAACACCAUCAAGAAGACGCCGAAGGACCCCCGGGCUGUCCUCGAGGUGAAGGGCCGUGUGGAAAAGAGCGUCUCGGGCGCCGCGCCAGCCGAGGAGGACUCGGAGCCCGCCAGGAAGAGGAGGAGGGAGCAGCAGGCCUACCUGGAGUCCGAGGAGUUCCAGAAGAUCCUAAAGGCCAAGUCGAGGCACACGGGGAUCGUGAAGGAGGCCGAGGCCGAGCUGCAGGAGCGCUACUUCGAGCCGCUGGUGAAAAAGGAGCAGCUGGAGGAAAAGAUGCGCAGCGUGCGUGCCGUCAAGUGCCGCGUGGUGACGUGCCGCACGUGCGCCUACACCCACUUCCAGCCGCGGGAGACCUGCGUCAGCGAGCAGCACGACCUGCGCUGGCACGAGGCCGUGAAGAGCUUCUUCCGGUGCCCCUGCGGGAACAGGACCAUCUCUCUGGACCGGCUGCCCAGGACGCACUGCAGCACCUGUGGCCUCUUCAAGUGGGAGCGGGACGGGAUGCUGAAGGAGAAGACAGGCCCGAAGAUCGGCGCGGAGACCCUGCUGCCCAGGGGCGAGGAGCACGCCAAGUUCCUCAACAGCCUCAAGUAGCCGCGGGCCCGGCCGUGCCCCUCCCCAAGGCCGUGUGGCUCUGGAGUGCGCGUGGCGCUGUCCCCGGGGCUCUACCCGGGGUUCUCUGGCCCACCUGCUCCCCCAGGAACACCCAGAGCGCCCUGCAGCCUCUUGCUUCCCCAUCCUGCUCAGCCUUCGC